GGUGGGCGGGGUGCGGGCAGGGUGCGAGAGGCGGGGCGGGGGGCUGCCGGCAGCGCUGGGGCCAGCGCGGCGGUCCCGCGUACGGGCGCGCCAUGGACUUCAACAUGAAGAAGCUGGCGUCGGACGCGGGCAUCUUCUUCACCCGGGCGGUACAGUUCACAGAGGAGAAAUUCGGCCAGGCGGAGAAGACCGAGCUUGAUGCUCACUUUGAAAACCUCCUGGCUCGGGCAGACAGCACCAAGAACUGGACAGAGCGGAUCCUGAGGCAGACUGAGGUGCUGCUGCAACCCAACCCCAGUGCCCGAGUGGAAGAGUUCCUGUAUGAGAAGCUGGACAGAAAGGUGCCCUCAAGGGUCACCAAUGGGGAGCUGCUGGCUCAGUACAUGGCAGAAGCAGCCAGCGAGUUGGGGCCCGACACCCCCUAUGGGAAGACCCUAAUCAAGGUGUCAGAAGCUGAAAAGCGCCUGGGAGCAGCAGAACGGGAUUUCAUUCACACUGCCUCCCUCAGCUUCCUCACACCCUUGCGCAACUUUCUGGAAGGGGACUGGAAAACGAUUUCGAAGGAGAGGCGACUCCUGCAGAACCGGCGCCUUGACCUGGAUGCCUGCAAAGCACGGCUGAAGAAGGCCAAGGCGGCAGAAGCCAAGGCCACGACGGUGCCUGACUUUCAGGAGACUAGACCUCGUAAUUACAUUCUCUCGGCCAGCGCCUCUGCGCUUUGGAACGAUGAAGUAGACAAGGCUGAGCAAGAGCUUCGAGUGGCCCAGACAGAGUUUGACCGGCAGGCAGAAGUGACUCGUCUCUUACUGGAGGGGAUCAGCAGCACCCACGUAAACCACCUUCGCUGCCUCCAUGAAUUCGUCAAGUCUCAGACAACCUACUAUGCACAAUGCUACCGCCACAUGCUGGAUCUGCAGAAACAACUAGGCAGCUCCCAGGGCACCAUAUUUCCAGGCACCUUUGUGGGCACUACAGAACCCGCCUCCCCACCCCUGAGCAGCACCUCACCUACCACUACUGCAGCCACCAUGCCUGUGGUACCCACGGGUACUGGCUUGGCCCCUCCAGAAGAGGCAGCACUCUGUCUAGAGGAGGUGGCUCCCCCGGCCAGUGGGACACGCAAGGCCCGGGUGCUCUACGACUAUGAGGCAGCUGACAGCAGCGAGCUGGCCCUGCUGGCUGAUGAGGGCACAAGUUCCCUCUCUGCUCCCCACAGCUCAUCACUGUCUACAGCCUGCCUGGCAUGGACCCUGACUGGCUCAUUGGUGAGAGAGGCAACAAGAAGGGCAAGGUCCCUGUCACCUACUUGGAACUUCUCAGCUAAGCAGCCCCCUUCCAGGUCCUGUCUGCUGGUGACACAGCUGUUUAGGAUAGGGGACCUAACCCUAUUCUGGCCCUGUCAUUGAGCUAGGAAGGACCCCACAUGACAGAAUGGCUCCAGGUCCCUUUGCUAGCCCUGCUUCUGACCUGCAUCCCUGCAUACUCAAGGCUUCCCAGCUCCAUGAUAUGCUGGGAUGCUCUUGGCAUGAAAAGAACAUCUGCCUUCUAGCUGUGGAAGGUUGAGGGGGACAGCGGCAAACAGGCAGGGCUAACAGUCAGGGAUUGGACAGUCUGGCAGGAGACCAGCAGGCUCAGCCAGAGCAGCAGCGCGGAGUGCUGCCCUCCCCGCCUUCACUCACAGCUCUGGCUGAGUACAGUGGCUGCAGCCCUCACUCAGUUUCUAACUGGCAUUCUUACUUCUGCCUGUCUGCUUGUUCUCUGGCAAAUAAAUCCUUUGUGUGCAAACUGCCUGGA